UUGCGUGUGGUGAAAAGUUUGGACACUGUUAUUUUAAUUCUCAGGUAUACAAAGACACAUGUAGGUUCGAAGCUGAACCUAUUAAAAAGAUAUGCUAGGUGAAUUAAAGAUAGCAGACAUGCAGGUUAGUGUUCCUGGAGGAUUAUGGGUAGUUGAGGGUUGAACUCCCUGACUUGGCCUUGGACUUGGCAGCUGUGUCAGUCUAACGCUGGGGGCAGAUGGCCGCCCUCUCAGGCAUCAGCAGUUUACAAGCACAGAUGAGGGACUUACCGGUUGGACGCUCUCUGUGGGAAACCACACAGUUGAUGUGGAAACUCCGGACAAACUCUGAACGCUCCCUGUUUACAGGAAUUUAACAAGCUGAUCAGGAUGCUUACAUCUCUCCUUUAAAGCGCACAUUUACCUGUGGACCGCUGCAGGUGCACACCAGGAAACAGUUUAAUGCAUGCUCUGGAUCCAGGAACUUCCUCUUUGCUUGGACUUCCAACUUCCCUCCUUCAAUGAACAAAGCACAUUCAUGUCCAAAGCAGCUGGGCAGCACAAAAGAAACAAUCCUCCAUGAUGGCAGUGUCUUCACUCUACAUUACAGAGGAACCUGGAGCUGGAAUCACUGAACUGGAUAUAUGUGUUCUUAACAAUAAUGUGCAAUACGAAGUCAUCCCGUCUGUCGUGUGCUCCGUCUGCCUUUCAUUCGGCCUCAUCUACUGCUUUUUUGGCUAUCGCUGCUUCAAGAUGGUCAUGUUCUUCUCCGGCUUCAUGUUUGCCUCAUCCGCCGUGCUCCUGUUCUACCAUAAGGAGCCAGACUUUACGGGUCAGUUGAGAGAGGACGCCAAGGCGGGCAUCGGGCUUGGAGUCGGCGUACUGUGUGGACUGUUUACCGCGCUGGUGUCCACGCUGGGACUCCUCCUCUGUGGCCUGCAGCUCGGAAGCCUCCUCUCCCUGUCCAUGCUGGUGAUUGUGGGACAGUUUCACAGCCUUACUCCAGUGUGGGUGCCUCUUUGUGCCGUACUGGCUGCCAGCAUCGCGUCUGCUGUGUUCACACUGCAGUGGCAGAGGUUGUUCAGCAUCUUCUACACGUCUGUGUUUGGAGCUACGACCGUGAUGCUGUGCGCGGACUACACGGUGGGCGCGUUUGUGCUGCCGCAUCAAGUGUAUGACGUGUUUUGUGAAGCGGCUCCGCGACCCUUCUGCUGGUUUAACUGGGCAAUCACUGGGAUCUGUCCUGUUUUGAGCACUGUGGGCGUGUUGGUGCAGUGGUGGUUUACUGCGAGGGGAGUUUCACACUUUGAAGGUGCAAAUAAAAAACAGAAGAAAUAUGGAACGAAGCAGAAAAGUAGAGAAGACAGGAGAAGACCUCGGCCAUACCGGCAGCGCAGGCCUCCGCCUCUGAAGCGAUAUGCUGGAGAUGUCCUCGCACCAAGUUAUCUCCACAAACUCCAAGAGCGUCAACUGGGCACCGGCUCCUCCACCAGCAGCGUCAGCACCAUCACACACACCCUGAUCGACUUCAACUUCGAGACGGGCUCCAUGGUGCCUCUUACCUCCGCCUCCCCCAUCUUCACAGUCUAACCCAAAGAGCAAAUCUCUGGGAAAGUAACUUUGAACUGUUUACUUUCACAAAACUUGUUCAGAUAUUUCAGUUUCUGCUUUGGGUUUUCUUCACAAGCUUUAUUGGACAAUUGUCCGUCUUUCCUGAUUGUUGAAUUACAUUUAUUAUUCCUCAGCCUCAGAAUUCCAACAUUCUUUGAGAAGUUUUAUUCUCACAAUAUUUGUAUUCACCUUAAAAGAGUGUGCUGUUAAAUGUAAAUAUCAAAAAACUUUUACGUUUUUAAAGGUGACCUUUUAUGCUUCCAACCAGAUUAUUAUUGGCUUUCGAUUCAUAAAAAUUGUGUUCAUUACAAUUUUUUUUGCACAAAAUCAUUCUUAGAUUUUGGGAUUUUAGUCGGGUCUGUUCUACCUAUUUGAGUUCCUUCUUUGAAAAGCGUUAGUAGAGCCUGCUGCACAACCAAUAAGAAUGCAGCAACUGUUUUCUGGAUGGUAAGCCAACUAAAAACACUUGACUUUUCCAGCAGCUACAUACAGCCAUUGUACAGCAGUAAAGCCAGCUGACCAAACAUGCUGGAACUCAGCUAGGUAACGGCACAGUGCCCAUUGAUUGUGGCAUGUGUUUAGGUUUAGGAGGUUUUUUAAGUGGCUCAUUUUCCAGAUACCUAAAAACAUUAACUUAGUACCAAACACCAUUUUUUUAUGCGCUCCGGCCCAAAUGGAAGUAUAAAAACAUGCAAAAUGUGAAUUUGCAUAAUAGGUCUCUUUUAAAAAAAAUUCUUCAUGUUUGGAACAGUCCAUGCCACUUGAUGCAUCCAGAUCCAAACCAUAUCUUAUUUGGGCAAUGAUAUGGAUGUCUUGAUCAAGGCAUAUUAGAACAAUGUUGGUCAAACUCAACUCCCAACACCUGUUGUUCUUGGACUGGCUGUGAUUUCAUGUUAGCCAACAAGCUUCGCCGUCACGGUUUGUGCUCCAGAUUUUUUAAACAUGGCAGCCAAUUUUUAUGUGCAUAACUUUCAAACUAUGUCAGUUUUUAUACUGUAUUGUAGGCUCUGCAUAUUAUUUUGUUUGGUAUUUUCCUAACAAAGUGAUUGUUUUUCAAGACUUAGAGGGAUGUUUGCAGAAAAAAAGAAGAAAUUGGCUGCUGCAGCUUCCCUGCACGCAACUAGAAGCUAAGUUUUUGAAGCAGAAACUUUUGUACUGUUGGCUUUCCACUAGCUGGAACCACACUGAGUUAUCAACAAGUCAUAUCACAAUAGAGAGUAAUGCUGACAUUAGCUUAGCACUUUGUGAAACUGCUGAGCAGGAAAACAUCAUUAGCAGUAGCAAGUUGAAGGAUGCAGUUGUACUGAGAGAACAAAAUGUAAAAUUUUAACCAAGUUAUGCCUGUGUUGACAGCAUAUUAAACCUGUCUAAACCUGUCAAGAUUCUUUUGGGACAAAAUAUGCAAAAUAAAUACUGCAUAUAUAAAAUAAAGGGAUAUGUGGAUCAUGAAAUUGAUGGACUGUUGUGUGAUUGUACUCAGUUUACAAGCAUAUACAUGGCAUUGAUUUUAAUUGUUUUUAAUGUGAAAACCAAUUAAAAAAUGACAUUUGUAGAUGCCUAAAUUACUUGGAUCUGUCUGUAGGACAAAAGAAAAUCUUGAUCAGGACAUUCAAGCUCACUUAACUAAGAAAAACGUUAGUUUGCUCAAAGUAAAUGUGAAUAAAGUUGUUUAACUGUGGACUAUAAAUUAUUACAAUGUUGAGUUGGACCAAAGCCUCAGAGCUUUUUUUGUAUCUUAGUUAAAGUUUCUUAAAAUCUGCCAGAUCUGUCGUUUUCUAUGUAAUUUAAGUGAAAUCUGAGGUUUUUAUUGAUGGGCAAGGCUACACCUCUAGCUUUAGAUGAAAAAGAAGAAUAAAAUACAUGACCAACA